AUGAGGACUGCCUUUAUUGUGUUUUCAUUGGUACUCGCUGCCUUUGCCUAUACUAAAGGUGAAGAAUUAGUUUUGGCAGAGCCAUGUGAUCCAGAAGCAUGCAAACUACCAGACUGCAGAUGUUCAUCUGUCAAUAUCCCUGGAAAUCUAGAGCCUAGAGAUACACCUCAGUUCGUUCUCCUGACUUUCGAUGAUGGUGUUAACGUGAACAAUAUUGUGACCUACCGUUCUCUCUUGUACAACCGAGUCAACAAAAAUAAAUGCAACAUUGGAGUAACAUUCUUUGUCAACCAUGAGUAUACAGAUUAUAGUUUGGUCAGUGAACUUUACAACCGUGGCUUUGAAAUUGGUCUACACUCAAUCACACACAAAACUGAUGUAGAAUAUUGGAAAACUGCUUCAUAUGAAACUCUUAUGAGAGAAUUCGGUGAUCAAAGAAGGCAAAUGGCUCACUUUGCUAAUAUUCCAAUUGAUACAAUUCAAGGACUUCGCAAUCCUUUCCUUCAAAUGUCUGGAAACACAACUUAUCAGAUGAUGACUAGUGCUGGUCUUCGCUACGAUUUAAGUUGGCCCACUACUAGAUACACUGACCCCGGUCUAUGGCCCUACACUCUUCAUUAUCAGUCUACUCAAGAUUGCAUCGUGCCUCCAUGCCCUACCGCAUCUAUUCCUGGUCCUUGGAUAUUACCUAUGGUUGCUUGGACCGAUAUGGAAGGAUUCCCUUGCUCAAUGGUAGAUACCUGCUUUUACAAUCCUGGUGCUGAUAAUGAAGAAGGAUGGUUUAAAUUCAUCCUUGAAAACUUUGAAAGGCAUUACCUCAAUAACCGCGCUCCAUUCGGUUUUUACAUUCAUGAGUGGUAUAUUCGCGUGAACCCUGGCUUACAAAGAGCGUUUGUCCGUUUCAUGGAUAUGAUCAACAAUCUUAAUGACGUGUUCAUGGUUAAUGGCAAUGAUGUUAUUGAUUGGGUACAAAACCCUGUCCCGAUUGACGAAUAUGUGAAAGAAGGUUGCAAGAGAUUGCCUCCAGCUGCCUGCAGACCUACGAGCUGUGGUCCACUGCAAAGUGACCACAAUCCUACGCCGUACUACAUGACCAUCUGCAACAGAUGUCCCCGUAGAUAUCCUUGGAUAAACAAUCCUCUUGGAGAAUAA